CUAGCAUUUCAUGUCAUGUCAUGCUGUACGCUGAUUGGCUGGGAGUUGUAAGGGAGAGGAGCCACUACACCUCCAGCAACGAGUCUAACUAUAUAGUAAAUAGUAAUCAAGUCAAAUUAACAGAUCCAAUCGAACAAGAACCGGAAUUUAGAUCUUUCUGGAGUAAGAUUUUUCAAAUAACCAACGAAGAAAACUUAAACCGCUGCACGAUCACAGAGAGGGAAAUAACCAAUUAUAUGUCGCAAAUAACUCACAUCUGGCAACCGAGCCCACGAUCGACCUGAAUACAUUGGAGUCAGUAAAAUAAAUAAACUCAUUUUACAGCAUUUAUCAAACAACAUGGUACAGUAGGAUUCCCUUGGCUCAGGCAUGAAAGGUGUCCUAUAAAAAACAAUACGCUCUGGUCCCCGAAACGCGAGCCAUCCUUGACUACAGAACAGUAGUACACUACAGAAGUGAGUUGUUUGCGGACCAAAUAGAGGAAAUGCUUGACCAAACCAUGUGAUUUAUCAUAACGCCAUAAAAUAAAUAGUUCAUUAUAAUAAAUAAGGUUUUAUCUAAAUGAGUACCUACUGUAUUACAUUGUUUCUGGUACUAAUUAUCAUAUAACAUUACAAAUGAAUAUCAAGUACACAGAGCUUUCCAUUUCCCCGGGAAAUGCCCUAUAUUGGAUUUGUUUUGCGUAACUGUACAGUAUUAUUAAAAAUUAUAAAGGUUAUUACAUUUUAAAUUUUAUUCUCCUUACUAGUGACUUGGAAAAAAUGGUGCAUCUGCAUGUUAAUGUUGGAGAACCAUACUGUACAUUGGAAGCGAUGCAAGAGCAUGCCCGUAAUUUGCCAAUAGUGCAUAAAAGAAAUGUGAGCGACACUCCAAACGGUUAACAGGCGACAGACUAACAGUUAAAAAGCCAAUCAAUGGCGAAAAUAAAGUAAAGCAGUCGACACUGUACCAUCUUGGCACUAACUAGUCUCGCCGUUUCGGAAAGUAAACAAAUCGUGACGUCACGCGAAACGCUCCUAUAAGGAACUAACGAGCAGUUUGGAAAUUCAAUUGUGAUGUAAUGUUCCUCGACCAAUGAACGAACGACAAUUUUUCGGUGUGUUGGAAGCGACGUGUGAGUGACUGUGUCUCAGGUUGGCCAUUGCCCCAGCUGCCAGACUCACUCCAGUUGACGUAUUGCUUGAACGGUAGUGGACUGGUUGUGUUUAGAAGGGUGACUGUUGCUGGUGCUCUGUUCUCGUCCACCCACAGGUGCAAUGCUGUGGUUACGGUGGGCAGCUGCAAUGGCGGUUGGGGUGUUAACCAUGGAUGCGUCAGCUCAUACCAACGCACCCACACCCAUUCUCCUCUCAUCCCUCCACCCAGCACAGCUGGAGAGCGUACUGGAUGCCCGGCUGGCCAGACUUUCAGGGGACAUACUGACAAUCUACCAGGACCAACUAAGGAAGCAUGAUGACACCGUGGACAAGAUCCAGCGAGUGAGGAGAGAUGCAUACUACCCUUCACCACCUGAUGACUUGUGGCAUAGCUUCAUCUACAACACAGGUGUUGGCAACAGGAAAGUGGUGGAGGUAGAAGGUGUUGACAGACUAGGACAUCUGGGACCUGUCCGUAUUGUUGAGGUCUUCCCACUCAAUUUGCCAGAUCUUUCUGCUGUUUACAAGGGAUAUGAUGGAAGAGCUUAUGUGGAAGUGGACGGGAGACUGGAGGAACUGAAGCUGCAUAACAAUUGGACCAUCAGCUCUACCGGUUGUGACUGUGGAGAUGGAUACAAAAUGGCGAGUCUGUGA